AUGUGGUCCAGUACCACUUUACCACGACAACGUCCUAUGGACCCGCCGCCACCUCCUCCUCAUAAUAAAUCUUCAACAAUGCUGAGAAAUCCAGCAAAAUCAGUAGAUGUGAAUAGGUUACGAUCGGAUAUUGAAAUUCUUUCUCAGCAACUUGAAAUGGUAAAAGCUCGUCUUGAAUCAGCACUUGCUGAGCAAGAUGAGCCCGAUGAGAAAAGCUCGAAGAAAAUGCUAUCAAGAGACAAUUCAAUAGACUCGCGGCUGUCAACAUCGUUAUUUUCAACCGGAUCAAGAGAAUCUUGUGCUCAUACUCCGGUACCUCAGCCUGAGCAGCCAAUUGCUGCAUUUCGCAGUGGUUCCAAUCUGUCGAAACUAAACAAGCCAUUAUCCAUGUCAACAUCACAUUUGGUGAAUGCUGUUAACGAUGAGCCUGUUAACAAGAGGUUGUCCAUGGCACUUCCAUCUUCUUCUACUAGUGGAUUCAUCACAUCCUUGAGAAGACGGGAAACUUUUACGAAAGUUGAUGAGAUUACCAAAGAAAUAAAUGCAAGAAUCGGAAAAGUUAAAAGAACAGAAAGUCUCUCGAUUGGGAUUAAUAGACAACAAGGACCUCCGGUACCGCCGCCAAAACCAAUGCGAACGUUUCAAGAACAUACAAAGAAGCCAAUUGAGCAACUUCAAACAACUACACUAGGGAGGUUUAACACAAACCAGAAAUUUAAAUCUCAAACUUCAUCAUUUAUGUCAUCUUCAGUUGCUUUUCUCUCAAUGUGUAAUCACCGAGAAUUUGUGGACGCUAUCAACAAAAGAUUCACCCAGGGACAGUGUUGGUUUUCAAGAGGUGGACAGUUAUUCUUUGUGAAUCCUUUCAACACUGUCUCUUCUCCAAGAUGCAAUUUUUAUUCGGUUAUCCCUACAAUCACGUCUUCUCUAUUCGAAUCAAAAAGCUCCACACUAUUCCUAAGGGGAGUCUCUGGAUCAGGUAAAUCCCAUGUUGCUGAACUCAUAUGUAUGGACAUUGUAAAAAGAUUGGAUAGUCAGGGCCAACUGAGUCAAAUAUUUAAAACGUCUCUUAUAAUCCUCCGACCUUUUCUCACCGCCAAUAACCCUUAUAAUAAUCAAUGCUCGAAAGCUGCCCUUCAUUACGUGUUCCAAACGAAAGAAAAUCGUCUACAUCGAAUUUCUCUGUCUCACUUCCCAAUUGAAUCAAUGAGCAGAGGAUGUCGGGCAAAUAUAUUUGCCGUUGUCGCAAAUGACUUAAGUGACGCCGAAAAAGAUAAAUACAAAAUUGCUGGUUUUCGAUUACGAGAAACAUGUUACAACUAUGGAAGUUUUGAUGAAAUCAAGAUUGCAUUGAGUUCAGUUGGUGUGGAUGUAGCAGAUGUGCUGAAAAUUAUUUCUGCUUGCAUUUUAUUGAAUAACAUCAACUUCAAGACUGAAAGUACUGCAUCAGAAAUUGACAACAUUGCAGAUUUGGAAGAUGCUUGCAGUUUACUAGGAGUGUCUGCAUUAACAAUGUAUAGAUUUAUGGUUUCUGAUGCUCUGAUAGAUAGCCGUUUGAUGAGAGACAGUCUGGUGACAGCACUAUACUCAAGAACAGUGAAAUAUAUCAUUGACAAAAUCAAUCUUCUUCUUGAUAUUUAUCCGGAUUCCUAUGAUCGUGGAAGUGUGGUGACGGACUCUGGAAUCAGUGUAGGAACUAUCAAUGAGAACAACCAUAUCAUUCACAUCAUUGAUAUUCCCGGAUACGUGAGGUCUACUCAAAAUUCACUGAGCGAAUUAAUAGUGAACGCUACUAAUGAUAUAGUACAGUGCACAGAUUCAGAUAUGGCAAGUCAAAAGUUUUGUUCGAAACGAGAAAAAUUGCAAAGUUUCCAGGUUCAUGAAUUAUUAAAAACUGUAGAAGUUGCCACAAGAACCGGUGAGGAUUGGACCGAAAACAAAACUCCAAAAAUGAUCAAACACUGCACUGACUCAUUCGAGAUUCAUUAUGACUUGAGACUGAUGAUUGAGAGAAACAGCAAUUAUGUUUCAAGGGAACUGGUCAAUAUGUUUGAUUUUCGAACGUGCACCUUUCCUUUUGCAGUCAAUAUUUUUGCACAAGAUGUUGAGUCAAUGAUAAUUGAUGAGAAUUAUUUCCCAAGUGCAAUUAAUUGGCCGAAUAAUGGGAAAACUGUUAUUCAAAAUGUCAUGGAGUCGAUUAGAAAAAUGAAAAAAGAGAUAUCAGAGACUAGUUGUCAACAGAUAAUUUGUUUGAAGUCAAAUGACGCGUUGGAAUAUGCAAGAGUCCAUGAAAAUGGGUUAGGAUAUCAACUAAAUUUAUAUAGAAGUGUAAUGGCAAGUUCAUGUAUAUCAUCUAACAGAGUGAACUCAAUUUGUGAUCGUUCACCGAGUAUUUCCACUGAAACUCCAAAAGUAUCAUUCCACCGACAAUAUGCAAUUCGAGAAGGACGGAAGCAUUAUUUCCCACAAAGACGGAGUGUCGUCAUUGAUUUUCAAGAUCCAUCAACUGGAGUCAUACUGCGUGCCGGUGAAAUAGUGAAAGCGAUCGGAUUCUCUGGAGAAUGCUAUUUGGUAGAGAACGGACGACGAGUCAGAGCUUCUAUCCCAAUUUCGUUCACCGAGAAAAGUGUAGUUAUAGCACAUAAUAUGAAUAAUUAA